CAUCAGUCACAGAUUGGGCUCUCACUCUCAGCCUGAGGUAUUAGGGAGUUAGUGGAUAAAGGCAUUACUGUCUGAAAGGUGCUGAGCCAGGUGUGUGUGAGAGAUACGGGUAAAGCGCUCGGGUCAGGAGGAGGAUCUUGUGUCCUCUGUCCUGCUGCUGGCACGGCUCUCCUUUUCCUUUCUCUCCCGCUCUUCAUCUUUCCUCAUCAUUCCUCUCUAAUCCUCCCCUUUUACUGUUUCACUCCCUCUUUCUCCUCCAUCACCUUUUAUUCACACUUCAACAUAUUCUUCGUAAUCUCUUUAUCUCACGCUAUCUCUCCUUGCCCCCCACUCUCCUUCACCAUGCUCUCCCUCUGAGUGUCCUCGCUGUCGGCGACAGCCUCUCUCCCUCCGUUGCCAUGGAUUUGGGCAGCCUGACCACGGUGGUUGCCAACUCUGCCUACAUAAGCGCCCGCGGCAGCUUCGAUGGCUCCAACCCGGCAGCCUCGCGUGACAAGAAGUACCACGCCCGCCUCAAGCUGCCCCAUAUCACCGUGUGUGAGGGCCUCCAGGAAACCCUGGACCUAACCUUUCAGUCAGUCUGCGUGGAGCAGCCCAUCGGCAAACGUCUGUUCCGUGAGUUCCUGGAGACGGCGCCCGAAUACCAUGGUCCUUGCCACUUGUGGCGGGACAUCGAAGAGUACGACUUAGCCGAAGACACAGACCGGGCCCAGAAGGCAUCUAGGAUUGUCCAGCGUUACCUGGAAUCCUCUGCUAAGCUCUACUGCCCCUUCCUGACCCCGGAGACCGUGACCCAGGUGAAGGAGGCACAGCAGGGGGCUGGGGACACCCUCUUUUCCCAGACACUGGUCUCGGUGCUGGGCUACCUCCAGGAAGUUCCCUACACCUUCUUCCUGGAGAGCAUGUACCUGAAGAGGUUCCUGCAGUGGAAGUGGCUGGAGAUGCAGCCCAUGGACCAAGACUGGUUCCAGGACUUCCGUGUGCUUGGGAAGGGGGGUUUCGGAGAGGUGUCUGCCUGCCAGAUGAAGGCCACGGGGAAACUGUACGCCUGCAAGAAGCUCAACAAGAAGAGGCUGAAGAAGAGGAAAGGCUAUGAGGGGGCGAUGGUGGAGAAGAGGAUUCUUGCCAGGGUUCAUAGUCGCUUCAUCGUGUCACUGGCCUACGCUUUCCAGACCAAGGAUGAGCUUUGCCUGGUUAUGACCAUCAUGAAUGGAGGAGACCUGAAGUACCACAUCUAUCUGGUGGAUGAGAACAACCCAGGGUUUGAGGAGCCCAGAGCCUGUUUCUACGCAGCUCAGAUCAUCCAGGGUAUGGAGCACCUCCACCAGAAGAGGAUCAUCUACAGAGACCUCAAACCUGAGAACGUGCUGCUGGACAAUGAAGGUAACGUGCGUAUCUCUGACCUGGGUCUGGCAGUGGAGCUGAAGGAAAACCAGACAAAGAUCAAAGGCUAUGCCGGAACUCCAGGGUUUAUGGCCCCAGAGCUCCUGAAGGGGGAGAAGUAUGACACCUCAGUGGACUAUUUCACCCUAGGGGUCACACUGUUUGAGUUUAUGGCCGCCAAGAACCCCUUCAGGGAACGCGGAGAGAAGGUUGAGAAGGAGGCACUAAAGGAGCGCAUCAUGACCGGGACGGUGGUCUACCCAGAGACAUUCAGUGAGAACGCCAAGUCCAUCUGCUCUGCGCUGCUGGAGAAACAGGUGGACAAGAGACUAGGUUUCAAGGACGGGACCUGUGACGAGAUCAGGACACACCCCUUCUUCAGCACCAUCCACUGGACGAGACUGGAUGCAGGCAUCCUGCCCCCCCCGUUUGUCCCUGACUCCAAGGUGGUCUACGCCAAGGACCUGGAUGACGUGGGGGAGUUCUCCUCGGUGAAGGGAGUGGGGCUGGACGACCCCGACCGCGUGUUCUUUGACGAGUUCUCCUCUGGGAACAUUGCCAUCCCCUGGCAGGAGGAGAUGAUUGAGACGGGGAUCUAUGGUGAGCUCAACGUGUGGGGACCCGUGGGCACCAUACCCAACGACCUGCGCAGAGAGUCCAUCUUGGAACAGCCCAAGUCAUCCACCUGCUGCUUGGCGUGAUUGUCUCUUUGGAAACGGAGGACGAAGAAGGGAGCUCAGACGUUCCGGAUCAGACCAACCGUAGCUCUUUGAGGUUGUGUUUAGUACACGCGGAAGUGCUGCCAACUGAAUAUUUUUUUGAACGCUUUACGUUUAGAGUAGAACAAUGAGAGAAACUGUAAAAAAGAGGACAAAAAACAUACACCUCAAAGGGCAUUGAUGGGAAAAUGCGUCGCCAUCGUGACAACACCUGGACCCAGACAAACACUCAAGACAGUCCAGAACAGCAAAUCAGGUUCUACACAAUAACGUUACCAUGGAGAUGGAACUCCUGAGUGGCAUGGCAUUCUGACUGUUCAUUGGUUGAGAUUGAGAGAGUGUUCCGCUGCUCUUAGAGUGAAACUUUUAGAUGGACUUUGGACCUUUGUAUUUCGGUUGGGCCCAGCAAUAGAUAUUCUGUAUUCUCAAAGCAUACUGACAGAUCAUUUAGCAGCAUCAAGAUAUAAGUGUGUGUGUGUGAGUGAGAGAAAACGAGAUGCUUUCUGGUUCUGCUCACUACAACACUAGUGAAAUGUGCUAAGAAACAUAAUCUUGCAGUUCUCUAAAUAUGUCGAUAUAACACUGAAUCUACCAAACAUCAGGAACACCUUCCCAAUAUUGAGUUGCCCCCCCUUGCCCUCGGAACAGCCCCAAUUGAUCGGGCAUGAACUCUACAAGGUGUCACAGGGAUCCACAGGGAUGCUGGCCCAUGUUGACUCCAGUGCUUCACACAUUUGUGUCAAGUUGGCUGGAUGUCCUUUGGGUAGGAGGACCAUUCUUAUUACAUACGGGAAAAUGUUGAGUGUGAAAAACCCAGCAGUGUUGCAGUUCUUGACACCAACUGGUGCGCCUGGCACCUACUACCAUACCCUGUUCAAAGGCACUUCAAUGUUUUGUCUUGCCCAUUCACCCUCUGAAUGGCACACAUACACAAUCCUUGUCUCAGUUGUCUCUAGGCUUAAAAAUCCUUCUUUAACCUGUCUCCUCCCCUUCAUCUACACUGAUUUGAAGUGGAUUUAACAAGUGACAUCGAUAAGGGAUUAUAACUUUGGAAAGAGCACUUGUUAAUGUUUUGUGUACUCAGUGUAAGAGCUUACCUUGUUGAACUAGUCUGUUUUCAUGUAUAGUGGAAAAUGGUUUGUUUACCAUUGUCAUAAAUGUAGGUGAUACUGUCUCUAGUAGAUGUCUAUGUACAUAUAGUAACUUUGAGAAUAUCUGUGUUGAUGCCAAUGCAGACUAUGCGUAAGUAGCGAGAAAUGAACACAUUUUUCACACUGUAGUGCAAAGCAAAUUUAUUUACAAAACAUUUGUCAAUGUAUCAAAUGUAUGAAAAAACAUUGGUAGAUAAAAUUGCAUUUUGAAAAGUCA